AUGACCACUAUUCAGCCAAUGCUACUACCCGUCCAUACCAAUCUGAGCGCGAUGCCCGACUUGUGUACGAAACGUUCAUACGAAAUCAAUCGAUACUAUGGCCAACGCUUCUCUGCUGUCGUCAUCGGCGGAGGUGCCGCUGGCAUAGCUGCCUUGGGCAAUCUGCUCGAGGAUGGAAAGACCGAUCCUAUCGCCUGGGUCGAUACCGAGUUCCGAGGCGGCAAAGUUGCGUGCGCGUACGACGAGGUUCCUAGCAAUACGCGGGUGAGCUUUUUCAUCUCGUACGCCACGGCCGUCGCGGCAUUUCGGGAGGUCAUUGAGAGCACGCCCACGCCCAAUGCAUUCACAGUCCUUGCAGACCUCCCCCAAGAUCAGACGUGCUCGCUCAAGUACGCUGGAGAUUUGCUACGAAUGCUCUCCGACGGACUUGCAAGAAACAAGCGUGUGCAGUGUUUCCGAGGCUUGGUCACGGCCGUCACUUCAAAAGACGACGAUUCGACAUGGUACCUUGGUUUCCAAGCUGAUGGCACCCAAGCACAGCAGACGCUACAUGCUGCUCGAGUUGUUUAUUGUACUGGCUCGACUCCAACAGUCACUACUCUCCCUGGUCUUGUGGAAAAGAAGCCGUCGCUGCUGCACUUGGAUCUAGCACUCAAACCCAGUGCGCUCCGCAAAGCCAUAUCCCCCAGCACAAGAACAUCAGUUGCCGUAAUUGGCGCAUCCCACUCGGCCAUACUGGUACUUAUGAACCUAGUACGCAUAGUGCGCAGUUCACAUCCGUUGUUGCAAAUAAAGUGGUUCACACGCUCCCCGACGCUCAAGUACGCCAUGUACCAAGAUGGAAAGAUUUUCCAUGAUAACACAGGUCUGAAAGGAGAGGCCGCCGAGUUUGCGAAAGAGAUGAAGCUUGAUGCAGAAACAUUUGAGACCAGUUCUCUCCGCGAUAUCGUCACGAGAGUGGACUGUUCUGGCGGCGCCACAAAGGAGGCAGAAGCCUACCAGCGUGAGCUUCCCGGAUGCGAUCUCAUGAUACAAGCUAUCGGCUUUACGCCAAAUCAAUUACCCGACAUGAACAGAAAACUACAAUAUGACCAUCAGACAGGCCAGUUUUUGGACGCAAGGUCACGGACGGUGGUGUCGGGCUUGUACGGUGCCGGUAUCGCUUUCCCGGAGCGCGUUGUUGACCCCUCAGGAGAUGAGGAGUAUGCUGUUGGGUUCUUCAAGUUUAUGAAAUUCUUAAAGAGGGUCAGCCCACAAUGGGUGUUGAAGACAGAUUUCAGCUUGCAGGACCAACCGUCCAUAUUAGAGGAUAUCUCAGCCGGUUCGAUCUCCGUUGCAGGAUGA